CUUGACGCAAGUCAGAAGCCCAGCGUGGAGGAGAGGAUGUGGGUACGCUGACAUCUGCCAGCCAGAGGUUUUAGGAGAAGACGACCGCAGUCAGUCUGACAAACAACGGCCCCAGCAACCCCGAAGAAAGUCCGAGACAUGUAACUUUUUCUGAAGAGAUUUGUGUCCUGUAGGGCACCCCGAAGCUCAGCCAGUCACGGUGCCUCCGCCGGGCUUUCCGUCAUGAGGGGGCGUUGCUCUCGAAAAUUGGGCGUGCUGGCCAAGGCUGGCUUCCUGCUGUGGCUGCUGUGGCUGGGCUACCUUUUGUUAGCACGCUCCUCUUUCCCGUCCUCUUCCUCUGUAGAGGAGGACGAUGAGGACCACGAACUUCGGGCGAGACAGCUCUCCAUAGAGGAGAGCGGGGCUGAUGGGCAGCUGGCUAGGCCUCUCUACACUAAGCCACCACCAGACAACAGCGCGCCAGGAGAGUGGGGUCGAGCCACACAUCUCAACCUCAGUCCUGAGGAAAAGAAACAGGAGCAAGACACUGUAGAGCGCUACGCUAUCAAUAUCUAUGUCAGUGACAAGAUUUCCCUCCAUCGGCAUAUACAGGACCACAGGAUGAAUGAAUGUCGAAGUAAGAAGUUUGACUACCGGCGUUUACCCACCACCUCUGUGAUCAUAGCCUUCUACAACGAGGCCUGGUCCACCCUGUUGAGGACUAUUCACAGCGUGCUGGAGACCACGCCUGCCAUCCUGCUGAGGGAGAUCAUCCUCAUCGAUGACUACAGUGACCGAGGCUACUUGAAAUCCCAGCUAGCUGACUACAUCAGUAAUCUGAAGCGUGUGCGGCUCAUCCAGACCAACAAAAGAGAAGGGCUGGUCCGGGCACGUCUCAUUGGCGCCACCUAUGCUACUGGCGAUGUAUUGACAUUUCUCGAUUGCCACUGUGAGUGCGUCCCUGGCUGGAUCGAGCCUCUGCUAGAAAGGAUCGGUGAGAACGCCAGUACCAUUGUGUGCCCUGUGAUUGACACUAUCGACUGGAACACUUUUGAGUUUUACAUGCAAACAGAUGAGCCAAUGAUCGGGGGGUUUGACUGGAGACUCACCUUUCAGUGGCACUCGGUCCCUGAAGUGGAACGCAAGAGGCGCAAGUCUCGCAUUGACCCCAUCAGAUCUCCUACAAUGGCAGGCGGAUUAUUUGCUGUGAGCAAGGCCUACUUUGAGUACCUGGGCACAUAUGACAUGGGCAUGGAGGUGUGGGGAGGAGAAAACCUGGAGCUCUCCUUCAGGGUGUGGCAGUGUGGGGGCAGCCUGGAGAUUCACCCCUGCUCUCAUGUGGGCCACGUGUUCCCUAAAAAGGCCCCUUAUGCACGUCCCAACUUCCUCCAGAAUACUGUACGAGCCGCAGAGGUUUGGAUGGACUCUUAUAAACAACACUUCUACAACAGGAAUCCCCCGGCCAGAAAGGAAAGCUAUGGGGAUAUCUCUGAGCGGCUGCUGCUGAGGGAGAAGCUGAAGUGCAACAGCUUUGACUGGUACCUGAAGAACAUCUACCCCGACCUACAUGUACCUGAGGACAGGGAGGGCUGGCACGGGGCUGUGCGUAGCUCAGGGAUACAUUCAGAGUGUCUGGACUACAACGCUCCAGAUCACAGUCCCACAGGUGCCCACCUUUCUCUGUUUGGCUGCCAUGGCCAGGGAGGCAACCAGUACUUUGAAUACACAUCUCAGAAGGAGAUCCGUUUCAACUCGGUGACGGAGCUGUGUGCCGAAGUGCUCGAAGGACAGACCUCCAUCGGGAUGAGGCACUGUCCUCGUGACGGGGAGCUCAAACCUCCCAGUAUCGUCUGGGAGUUCAGGAAGGACGGGACCAUCUACCAUCCUCAUUCAGACAUGUGUGUGACAGCCUACCGCACGCCGGAGGGCCGCACAGACACCCAGAUGAGACGGUGCGUCCCGGGAGACAAAACCCAGCAGUGGAAGUUUGAGUGGUAGAAGGAGAAAGAGAAGAAAGUAGCAGGAAACCUCAAGUGACCUUCUUUGACCAGAGUGCAAUUACUACAGUGGAUGUCUUCUCCGCUGCUCCCAAUUCUCUAGCUCUCCAUGUCUGCACUCCUUUUGAAUGGGAAUGACGAGCAAAUAAAAAGGUGGUGAAAAGUCACUUUAAGCCAAUGAUUCACCCAAUUCAGAGCUUUUAUGUCCGCGUGAAUGACCGAAUAAGUGCAGAUUGUGGCCGAGUGAAUGAGAAUUUCAAGGUGAGGAUUAUUUGGUUUUUUUUUUUAAGGAGACCAGCUGAACUUGAGACUUUUACUUUUUGUGUUGCUUUCAUCCAAGUGCCUCUGCAACCAAACUGGAGCCCAGCGCAAAACCUUAAGUGUCAUUAUUGUCACGUGUUCUUGCAAACACAUCGAAAGUAGUGAAAACUGGUUUGACUGUCCAGCACACAAAGAAGUGCCUGUCAGAGAGAUUUAAAGACAAAGCAUUUCCUCGAGGACUAGAUGCAAAAUCAUGCUGCACUACAGAACGUUACCUUACUGUGCAAUUAAUAUUAAUUAUUAUUGUUCAAUCUUCCUGCUUGUUUCUUUACUUGUCAAAAAAAAAAAACUGUUUAAAGAUGGGCUGCUCUAA